AUGCGUUAUAUUGCAGCAUUUGAUGGUGCGAGCAUCGACGUUACUACUGCCAAUGCCGGUGUAAUGAAGAAUUUGCUGGCUGAAAGCACGACGAUGGGCACAAAAACAAUCUUCAACAUCGAACAAGAGAAGGCGCUGAUAAGCUACAUUCUCCAGGCCAGCGACAUCAACUAUGGAAUUGGUUUGAUGGAGCUUCGUAAGCUCGCGUAUGAAUUUGCUCGGAAAGUUGGCGCGUCGUAUCCGGAUCCAUUGAACGACAAUCAACAGGCGAGUAAGGAUUGGCAGUUGGCGUUCAUGAAACGCCAAAAAAAUUUGUCACUGCGAACACCAGAGCAAGUAAGCCAGAGCCGUGCGAAGCGAUUCAACAAAGAGAAUGUCGAUGCAUUCUUUGCCAACCUUUCAUCCGUUCUCGGUAAGACGCCGUUUGAACCUCACCGAAUAUGGAACAUGGAUGAAACCGGGUGCCCGACCGUGGAAACCAGACCUGUCAAAACCAUCGCGCGCAAAGGACAAAAGCAGGUCGGCUCAUCAACAUCUGCCGAAAAAGGCACCAAUGUGUCUUUGGCUUUGGCCGUCAGCGCUAGUGGCCAGUCUAUACCGCCAUUCUUCCUCUUUCCCCGAGUCAAAAUGAAAGAGAUUUUUAUGACUCAUGCGAGUCAUGGCGCUGUUGGUGUUGCGAACGGUUAUGGUUACAUGAACUCUGACGUAUUCCCUCAAUUCAUGCGUCAUUUCAUCAAGCACACCGUUGCUAAUGCCGAUUCGCCAACCAUGUUGCUGCUGGACAACCACGGGUCGCAUUUAUCGAUCGAGGCGAUAGAUUUGGCGUUGCAUCAUGGCAUCACGUUGCUGUCUUUUCCUCCGAAAUGCACGCACAAAAUGCAGCCGCUAGAUGUUGCGUCCAACAUUGGUGUCACUUUCGAUCUGCAUCAUGUGCCGAUCCUUGUCGAUCAGUGCCUCGAUGUUAUGUUAACGCCGAAAACCAUCAAAUCCGACUUCCGAACAACUGGCAUCUACCCGUUCAACCCGCAAAUUUUCACUGAAGUUGACUUUGUCGCUUCGGAACUGAGCGGCGAAAAUUUGUUCGGUGACGAAGAGAAAGACGCCGACAAUCAACGUCGAGUGUCAACGUCGGAGGCAUCGACAAGUGCCCCAGCUUCAACAAGUGGUGCUGCAUCAUCGUCGUUGUCUCUUGUUUCGGCUCCACAGCUGCGUGAUGCAUUGAAAUCGGUUGGCCCGUUGAAAUUGGGAACACCUGCGCCGAAAUCAAAACGUGGCCGCAAGACAAUGGAGUCAACGGUUUUGACAUCGCCUGAGGUUGUCGCAGAUCUGCGUGACAAGGCCGAAAAAAAGCGGCAAAAAUUGACGAAGGCAGCCGAUGAACCAGCAGCCAAGAAACAAAAAGGCCUUGGCAAAUCGAAGACGCCAUGGAAGAGAAGCCCGUCUCCGACCGAAACCGACAUCGAAGAGGACUUCGAUUUUUGCACGAUUUGCAAGAAAAAGAUGCCGAAGCACGAGAAUCGUCAAAACACGGCCCAUUUGUGA